UCUCUCUCUGAACAUGCAUUUAUUGUAUGUGUGUUUGUGCAAUGUAUUUGUGACUAUACGCAUGAAUGAUUUCUUUUAUCAGAUUACAUUUUCUCGGUAAUUUCUUGUCGUCGGUUGAUUUCUGAUGUAUCAGAUUUUAAUGGUGAUAUUAAAUUGAAUUUUCCCUAUUUUUAUGCGGAAAGGAAUUAGCUUUAGACUAUAUAUUCGAUGGUUUCUUUCGAAUUGGUUGUCUUCAUAUUUUUGGGGUAUUUUUCUUUAUCACAUUGCCGGAUAAUUUAUUUAUUCCAUUUUUUUGUCCCAUAUGAUAUAUGAAUUUGUUUUACAUUUUCAAUUUAUAUAUCAUUUUCGGCCUUUGAUUUAUACCUUUUUGAUAAAGACAACUAGCUUGCUAAUUUGAUGGGGGACCCAAUUUGGAUCAUUCUUUCUUCUCCAACAUUCCGUAUCUUUUAUUAUUGGAUUUGGUCUUUGAAGUGAAGAUUCCAAUGUCAUGAUCCCCCUUCUUGAUUUCUCUUAUCAGCAUUUUCAGAAUAUAUUUAGAAAAAGAAAUUUAGAAGUCUGACUCAUACCAAUGGGAGGUUGUGUGUCAACUCCAGCUCUACCAAGAAAACAAUCAAAACCACCUAAAGUAAGGAAGAAGCACCAUGUCGGUUCGAAAAAGCACCAUGGAAAGGUUUUGAAUUUGGUUUUACAUGGAAAUAAAAAAAAGAACAGUGAAUCAGGAGGUCGAGUGACAGAUUUCGCUGUUAGUGAGUUUGUUCACACAACCACUACCUGUAGAAGAUCUGAGGUCUCCAACUCAACAUUCCAUCUUACUCAGUUGCAGUGGCUCCAUAGUGAAAUUGAUGCUAAUGGAAUUUGUCAAGAAGAAGCAUGGUUCGAUACGGUCAGUAUAUUAGAGUCUGAUUCUGAUGAUGACUUUAGCAGCGUACAUGGAGAUUUUUUCCCCAACAUUUCGAACGGCCAAGUCCUUCAAUAUGAAGCUGCAUCAUGCAUUGUGGAUGGAAAGUGUAAUUUCAAAGAAUACCAUGAAAAAUAUCUGAAAAUAGAUAAUUGUAAAACAGACUUGUACUCGAGCAAAGAUGGAGUCAAGGAGCCAAAUGAACUUCCAGGUUUAGGGAAGGCUGAAGAGUUUGGUACCAAGAGGAAGAACAACUUAAAUCGUGCCUAUGGAAGCUUUAGUGGCCUAAAAGAGGAUAGACGUGAUCUUGAGGGGAAAAAUCCAGGGAACUUAUUGAAGUCUGUCUUACCCCGGUUGGUACCUUCUGUAAGUUUCAACGAUAAGGUCAUCAAUGUAUCAAAUUCAGGUCCACUAGCUCAGAGAAAGAAAUCAACUGUCAUUAGGCUUUCUAUGAAAAGGAAAUCUGUUGAGCGAGAUGAAAAUGAAUUUUGUACUUCAAAAAAGUAUCUUUUUCAUCCAAGAGCUGGACUUAUAAUUCCACGUUGUAAUGAGGAGAAGCCAACUUCUGGAUCUUGGUCUGAGAUUGAGCCCUCAACCUUUAAACUGCGUGGAGAAAACUAUUUUAAAGAUAAGAAGAAAUUCCCUGCUCCAAAUGUAGCUCCUUAUACUCCAAUUGGUGUUGAUUUAUUUUUAUGCCCAAGAAAGAUAAACCACAUUUCUCAGCACCUUGAGCUGCCUUCACUGAAAGCAGACAGGAAAAUUCCUCCGCUGCUAAUUGUUAAUAUUCAGUUGCCCACUUAUCCGGCUCCCAUGUUCCUUGGCGAUUCUGACGGGGAAGGCUUGAGCCUUGUACUCUAUUUUAAACUUAAUGAGAAUUAUGAGAAAGAAGUGUCUCCUCAGUUUCAGGACAGCAUUCAGAGACUGAUCAAUGAUGAUAUGGAAAAGGUUAAAGGAUUUGCAAAAGAGUCAAUUGUUCCUUUCAGAGAAAGGUUAAAGAUUAUGGUUGGAGUUGCUAAUCCUGAAGAUCUUGUCUCCAGUUCUACUGAGAGAAAACUUCUGAAUGCUUACAAUGAAAAGCCAGUGCUUUCCCGCCCUCAGCACGAAUUUUAUCAGGGCUCAAAUUACUUUGAGGUCGAUCUUGACAUUCAUCGCUUCAGCUACAUUGCAAGAAAGGGACUUGAUGCAUUCCGAGAUCGUCUAAAAAAUGGAAUACUGGAUCUUGGACUGACAAUUCAGGCACAAAAGCCCGAAGAACUGCCAGAGAAAGUCCUUGGUUGUGUGAGAUUAAAUAAGAUUGAUUUUGUUGAUAAUGGUCAAAUUCCCACGAUUGUAAGGAACGACGAGGAAUGAUAAUGACAGAGCGUCGUGGUCUAGGUUUUCUGUCACCUUUCGAUGUGUUUUGACGUAAAUUCUGAGCAGUCAUAGCUUCUACAUGUUAGAUGAAUAAUGAGAAAUAAGAAGUUACCUUAUCCAUAAUAGUAAUAUUGUUUCAUAUUAAUCUUGUAACUAUGUUAACAUCAAAAUGUUCAACCUCUGAUGUGUAUAAAACUCCUUUUGCCUCCUUUGGAUGUAAUUCUUUCAUUGAUUCUUGA